AUGACCGCUCGCUCCCCCAUUGUCAAAUUCUUGAAUGACGUCGCCCUCUUGAAUGAGGGAUAUUUCGACACGUACGAUGAUUCGCAUCUGAGUCGCACACACGAUGCGUUUGGAAACCGCACGCGAGACCGUCGUAUGGGACCCGGAGACCUUCUUCAGGUGAAGGAUGAUCAAGCUGAGCUCUGGUACAUCAUUCUCGAUCACACUCUGUAUGAGCUGGAAGCCGGCAACCGAAUUGUACGGAAAGCGUUUGGUCCCAUAUGGUGGUCGAAGCGCCAGCUCAUGCUGGCUAUCCGGCAGGGACAAGUCAGCAACGCCGAUGUUCUCUCUGCGCAGCUUGCAGACAUGGAGGACGAUCGAUGGAUCCUUGCUGCAAAUCAUGCAGAGUACAUUGACACGGAUCGGCAGGUUAACACUGGAGUCACCACAGAAGAAAUGCUGUCCGGGAGACUGGGCCACUUUGAAUUGGAAGCCUUCCUCUUGAUCGAAGAUAUCGAAGGCACAGAUCCCAACGACUCUCAGCGCCCACGCGAGUUCAUAAUGGUGACACGUUCCGACCUUCAUCGUUGGUUGUCCGAGUAG